CAUACAAGGCCAAAGAAGACCAGGUUCUUGUGUUCAUCAUAUCUCGUGGCAGCAAGAACUCUCUUUCUCCACCAGAAAUGAAGGAGAAUUUCCUGGUUUUUGUCUUCCUAUAGCUGCAACAAAUCCCCUCUUUUCUGUUUUUUAAUUUGUUUUGUUUUUUUUAUUUAUCAUUUUAUACACAAUCUUCCCAUAGAGCAGCAGCAAGAACAAUAAAAGAGAGAAAGAAACAAGAGAGUUUGGAAAGGAGAGAAAGACAAGAGACAAAAAAGGUUUCAAUAAUAGCCGCUACCUCUUUUUUAUCCUUUUCUUCCUUCAAUGUCAAAUAUCACAGGUGGCGAUGGUGGGAGCUUCUCUUCAGGCAAUACUGGCGGAGAAGAAGUUCAACAACAGCAAGAGCUGCUGAAUCACUUCAACCACAGCAGCAAUGGCUCCACCGCUAAACAACAGCAGCCUCCAACUGUUAAGAAGAAAAGAAACCAGCCAGGAACACCAGACCCAACAGCUGAAGUCAUCGCUCUAUCACCGACCGCCCUUAUGGCUACAAACAGAUUUGUAUGCGAGAUUUGCAAAAAGGGGUUCCAAAGGGACCAAAACCUUCAACUGCAUCGGCGAGGCCACAAUCUGCCAUGGAAGCUUAAGCAAAGAACCAGCACCGAAAUCAGGAAGCGGGUCUAUGUUUGCCCCGAGGCUUCAUGCGUCCAUCACAACCCGGCCCGUGCAUUAGGCGAUCUUACUGGGAUUAAGAAGCAUUUCUGCCGAAAACAUGGUGAGAAAAAAUGGAAAUGUGAGAAAUGCUCCAAGAAGUACGCCGUUCAAUCUGAUUGGAAAGCUCAUUUGAAGACCUGUGGCACUAGAGAAUACAAGUGCGACUGUGGCACCAUCUUCUCCAGGAGAGAUAGCUUCAUCACUCACAGAGCCUUCUGUGAUGCCCUAUCUGAUGAAAACAACAAAGCAAAGCAAGGAUUAUUGUCAACCAUGGGAUCAAACUUACAAGGCCAAGUCUCCGAUCUCAUCUCCUCAAUGCCCAUCAACAAUAACAAUCCGAGAUCAUCAAGUAGUGGAACUUCCGGAUUCGACCAAACUGAUGCCAAGGCUCCUGUACUAUCGUUGCCUCCAAAACCCAUGAACAAUAUGACUGCAGGAAAUCUCUUUAGCAAUCCAAGAAGCCUUUCUUCUUCCUCCUCUCAUUCCCUUCCACCCACCAUGAAUUCUUCAAGCAUUUUCGACGGAAACGGACACCUAUUCCCCGGCUCCGCCCUCAUGUCGGCGACGGCUUUGUUGCAGAAAGCGGCUCAAAUGGGCGCAACGGCAAGUACUGCGAGUGGCAUGAACCGUCCACUAAUGCCGAACAGCUUUGUUACAAGCCUGGCACCGCCAUCUUUUGGUGCAAUGCAGCCCCAAAUGAAUGAUCGUGAUCAACCGUUCGCAAACCAGUUCAUCCAAAAAGGCGGCCAACACGAAAUUUCAUCGCAGUUUCUGCAUGCGAAUGGGAUGCUUGAUAACUUGGGAAUGUCCAAUAUGGAAAUGUUGAACGGUCUACUGGACCAAAACAAUUCACUAUUGAUGAAGAACAUGAAGCAUGACAGCAGCAACGGUAACAUUAGCGCGUUGCAUGGGGGAAAUUCAAAUGGCGGUGCUAAUGGAGCAACGGUAAGUAGGGAUAAUAUGACGACUGUGGAUUUCUUGGGGCUUGGAGGAGGAGCAAGGCGUGGGAAUUCUUAUGAAAAGCAGCAGCAACAAAAGCACAAAGAAAUGGGGUUUGAAGGAAUUGGCCAAAGAAUUCAGGGAUUGAGUCACUUUCAGCAACAACCAUUCAUGGAAAAAUCCAUAUGGGAUGUUUAAGAGUACUCUUAAACAUUGUUUUUUUCAAUCUCUUCAACACCGACUUCCAAGGAAAAAAAAAAACAAAAAGAAAAUACUUAAUUCCUAGUACUCCUUGAUGUAAUGAAUUUUUCCCCUAUAUUUUCUUACGUCUAUAUUUUUGUUCCCAA